GCAAUAAGCAGAUCCUCAUGACGCGUGGCAGACAUCUGCUAGUGCUGCUCGCGUUGGCGUGCCUCGUGGCGUUGUCCGUGGCUGGCAAAGACUACUACGAGGUGCUGGGUGUGUCUCGCGACGCUUCAUCCGCCGAAAUCAAGCGCGCAUUCCGCAAACUCUCGCUCAAACAUCAUCCUGACAAGAACCCGGGGGACGAGAGUGCGGCUCAGAAGUUCGCGGAAGUGGCGGGCGCGUACGACGUGCUGUCUGACGAGGACAAAAGGAAUAAGUACGACCGAUACGGAGAAGAGGGUCUGAACAAUGCCGGCGGAGAUGGCGGCCACGACCCGUUCGACAUUUUCUCGCAGUUUUUCGGCGGUGGCGGCCGCAAUCGCCGAGAACGCGAGCCGUCGCGCGGUCCAGAUGUCGUGAUGCCUCUGCGUGUAUCACUGGCACAUCUAUACAAUGGCAAGAGUCUGCAGUUCUCCAUUCGUCGUGAGACCAUUUGCCAUCAUUGCCAUGGCAAAGGCGCAGCUCACGAAGAAGACGUUCACGUCUGCAAUGAAUGUGGCGGUCAAGGGGUCAAGACAACCACGCGACGCGUAGGCCCGGGCUUUAUCCAGCAGUUCCAAACCACGUGCGAGAAAUGUCAUGGCAAGGGGAAAAUCUACACGAGUACGUGUCCAAUAUGUGGCGGUCGCAAGGUAGAGAUGAGCGAUCUCAGCUUCGAUGUGGAUCUGGACAAGGGCACACCCGAUGGCUUCGAAGUCGAGCUGGAGAACUACGCAGACGAAAUCGCCGGCCAACCGGCCGGACACGUCCGCUUACAGGUACUGACCGCGCCACACCCGCUUUUCACGCGCGAGGGCGACCAUUUGUGGAUGGAUAUGGACAUUUCUCUACGUGAAUCGCUUGUGGGAUUCAAAAAGAUUUUCACGCACUUGGAUGGACGACGAGUGGAAGUGGUACGUGAGGACAUCACGCCGCCUCGAUUUGUCACUGUGUUGAAGGAUGAGGGCAUGCCCAAGCAGCAUUCCUCUUCGGAAAGAGGCCAACUGCACAUCAAAUUCCAUGUUAAGUUCCCAGAAUCGCUUUCAGAUGAGCAGAAAACCGGCUUCCGGGAGCUUUUCUCGAUGAAAUAAUGGACAAUCAAAGAGCAGCUGUGUCGACCAGAA